ACAGAGAAGAGCAGAGCGCCUGCCAUGACUACGGCCAGGUCGCAAUUCUACUCCCGGCAGCUGCCGCCAGUAAUCCUACUACUAGUACUAGUAGUCAUCCUUGCUGAAGCUCAAGGGGAAGGGGAAGGGGGUUGCGUCCACAAGUGCGGCGACAUGGACAUCCCCUUCCCCUUCGGCAUCGGCGUCGGCCCCGGGUGCUUCCGCCGUGGCUUUGAGGUGUUUUGCAACCACUCCUCCGAUUCCGAUCCCCCUCGCGCCUUCCUUGCUGACAAGAGAACGUUCAAGGGCGAGGCCUACAUCAUCAACGGCUCCGAGGAGGACGACACAGACCCAUGGUGGUCGCCGGUGGAGCUGGUGAGCAUAUCAGUGGCCACGGGCGAGGCAGGAGUGUACGGCGCGAUCUCUUACAGCUGCAACACAUAUUACAACGAGUCCAUGUCCAGGCUUGAGGGAAUGUAUCUCUGGAAGACGCCAUUCGGCGUGUCGGCGACCCUUAAUGUUUUCAUCAGCAUCGGCUUGAGAGCCGAGGCUCAACUGGAUUGGUCUGCGGACAAACAUAGCCGCAGCAAUUUCACUUUCACAUGCCGUGCGCACGAUUCCAAUUCAAGGCCGCAGGCGAGGAACGGGUCGUGCACGGGGUGGGGCUGCUGCGAGCACACCCUCCCGCCCUACGAGGGCUCCGGCAAGACUUUCGGAUUGUCGGUCAACCCCGUGGCCUUCAACGGGUUGCGGGACACCACGCCCUGCUCCUACGGCAUGCUGGUGGACAAGUCAUGGUACAACUUCUCUACGCCCGACAUGUACGGCGACAAGACGCUACUCAAAAGGUUCCCCCGGGGCGUCCCCUUGGUGCUCGAUUUCGCCUUCGGAAACACUUCGUGUCCGGCGGAAGGACAUCCGCCGCCUCCGGACUACGCCUGCGUCAGCGGCAACAGCUCUUGUGCCACUGCCAACGGAACAAUGUACGCUCCUGCUCGUUAUAUCUGCAAGUGCUGGGACCAUUACGAUGGCAACCCAUACAUUGCUAACGGAUGCCAAGACAUCGAUGAGUGCAAGCAACCCCAAGUGUAUCCCUGCUCGAGUCACGGGAUCUGCAAAAACAGGCUGGGAGGCUAUGACUGUCCAUGCAAAUUCGGAAUGAAAGGCGACGGCAAAGCCGGAACCUGCACUGAUGUAUUCCCUCCAGCAGCAACAAAGGCGACUGUCGGUGCAAUAGGUGGUAUUCUUCUCACGAUGGUUGUGUCGCUUAUUGUCGUUCUUCACAAAGAGAAAAAGAAGACGGAAGAAUUCUUCAAAAAGAAUGGCGGUCCAACAUUAGAGAAGGCAAAUGUCAUUAAACUUUUCAAAAAGGAGGACCUGAAGCAAAUUUUGAAGAGUAGCAAUUUGAUCGGAAAAGGUGGCUUUGGCGAAGUUUACAAGGGCCGUCUUGACAAUAAAGAGGUUGCAAUAAAAAAGCCGAUCAAUGGUAGUGUGCUAGAGAAUGACCAAUUUGCAAAUGAAGUCAUCAUCCAAUCUCAAGUUAUCCACAAGAACAUUGUUAAGCUCAUUGGUUGUUGCCUUGAAGUUGAUGCACCCAUGCUAGUGUACGAGUUUAUCACCCAAGGUAGCCUCCAUGACAAUCUUCACAACAACAAUAACAAGGUGGCUCUUAACUUGGAUACACGUUUAAGUAUUGCUGCACAAUCAGCAGAUGGUCUAGCUUAUAUGCACUCAAAAGCAAAUAUUAGAAUUCUACACGGCGAUGUGAAACCAGCAAAUAUACUCUUGGAUGAUAACUUUGUACCCAAGAUUUCAGACUUCGGCAUAUCUAGGUUGAUUGCGAGAGACAAGCAACACACCGGAUCAGUCAUCGGCGACAUGAAUUAUAUGGAUCCGGUAUAUCUUCAGGAAGGCCUCCUCACCGAAAAAAGUGAUGUCUAUAGUUUCGGAGUUGUGAUCCUGGAGCUUAUCAGCAGCAAGAUGGCCAUACGUUCCGACAAUAAUAGCUUGGUAAAGAGCUUUCUUGAAGCAAAUAAGAAACAGAAGAAGGCCACCGAGUUUUUUGACAAGGAAAUAGCGAUGCCAGAAGAUUUGGAGCUUCUUGACAGUCUUGCGGUUAUGGCCGUGGAGUGCCUUAGUCUGGAUGUAGAUCAAAGACCAACGAUGAUGGAGGUAGCUGAGCGGCUACACAUACUGAGUCGAUCACGUAAGAUGCAAGAUGUUUGUCACUAAGCUAUUUUUGGUGAAAUCCUUAAAACAUGAGCAGCAGUGGAGGUCUCCUUUGGUCAGAACAAAAUUGGUAACUGUGUUUCCAAGGUGGCCGCAUGCUUGUACGAUGUAUCUGUAACCAUAUUUCUAAGAUGGCAGUACGUUUGUACGCUGCACUACAUUUUUUUUUUACCAAAAUUGUAACCGUGUUUUGUUUUAAAUAAUUUGGAUUGCUUACUACAUGUGUCACGUGGUAAAUUGUACCCAUGUUACACAUAACACGUUAUGUUUCCUUGCACCAGCAGAGUUUUUUUUUUUUUUUUGGACCAAAACCGUAGAACAAUCGUUCUACGGGCACCAGCAGAGUUUCAACGCACUUUCUUUACAGGCUGUAUGAAAAGCCACCUGGUGCUGUGAGAAAAGAAAGUGUCAAGGAGAGAGAUAGAAACCCCGCAAAAAAAAAGGAGAGAGAUAGAAACGAUUCGCCAACGCGUGAGGAAAAAGCACAUUGGCCGACCGUCUGUUCCAAGUUUUCCACAGGCAUACUACUAUUUGG